AUGUCCACAGUAACGGAAGGGGUGAGAUGGUCCAAGUGGUUGGAGCGCGAAUUUACUGACCGGAAGGUCCGUGGUUCGAACCCGACCUCUGCCUCUCGACUUCCCCUGUCUAGACUUGGGCAACCUGGCAGUAUCCCAGCCCUCGUGCUUCUUUCGGGUGGCAUGGCAGUUAGGCACCGAAAGGGUGCUACAGAGGAACGGUUUAUAAGUAACGGAAAACUCAAAACCGGUUUCGAGCAAGGGUCAUUUGGGUACACCAUAAUCACGGAGUCCAAGAUGAGGACAAAAGUAGAGCUCUGA